GGAUGGGAUAUAAAAUGUCCCAGAUCACGAUGCCCAGUAAGUCAAGCGGUGUUUGGUAUGUUCGAAUCUCACAGCUACAGGAAGCCAUGUUCGUACUUGAUUACCAUGAAUAAUUGGGACUCAGGCGUGGUGAUUCCGGUCAAGGCGGCAUCAGAUGGUCUUAAGGACCGAGACAAGGGCAGAAAUAUCCGAAUCUACUUACAGACUUCUAACAAGACAGAACUAAUAUCCACUGUACCAGUCACGAUUGUGGAUGGAGAUAAAAUCGCUGUAUGUUCUUCAAUUAAUGAUCCACACAUGACAACGUUUGACGGAAGAUAUUACGAUAACUAUUUGGAAGGAGAGUUUAUUCUAUACAGACAUAAAUCCUUGCCUUACGAGGUUCGAACAUACUACCGCAGAUGUAACAAUGUAGCCGCAUGUAACUGUGCAGUUGUUGUGCGAUCUGUGGAUGACGUCAUUCUUAUCGACGUCUGUGGACCUUCCAUGGGACAAUCGUCCAGACGCACGCCUCAUAAUCUGAAAAUGUACCUCAAUGGAGAUUUAACACCGGGGACAGAAAUCAUUAGAAUUGCUGGAGGAAAGUCGUAUGAAAUUAUAUUACCAACGGGAGCAAAAGUGAUUGUCAUGGAUGGUAGGCCAAUCUUGGGCAGACGAUUCUUAAACGUAAAAGUUGUAGCCUCAACAUUUGAUUUUAAUAAUACAGAAGGACUUUGUGGGACAUUUGAUGGUAACAGGGCAAACGAUUUCACGGAAAGGAAUGGGAACGUUUAUACUGGAGGAGGGCUUAAACCAAAUCAGUUUUCAUCAUCAUGGAGGUAA